GGUCCCUCGAAUCCAAUGGCUGCAAAGAUGUUUUAUGCGGGCCCCCCCUCGUUUAUGAGAGUCGUCGUAUCUCUCGAGUCCAGUUGACUGCGUACUGCUUCCCGAGUCACAUUCCGAAACAUACUCGAAAGCCAGAAUGCACGCCUCCCGGGCCUGGAUCCUUGAAGGCCAGCAAGGUCUCUCAAGUCUCAGACUCAUCGAUGAUAAAUCCGUCCCUUCCUUGGGUGCCCAUGACGUCUUGGUGCGCAUUCACGCAGCGUCGCUCAAUCACCGAGACCUAGCCAUCGCCAAGGGCGCCCAUUCCCUCAUCAUCAAUCCCAAUGUGGUAGCUGCAUCCGACGGCGCCGGCAUCGUCGAAAGUGUCGGGCCCCAAGUGCAGGACUUUCAACCUGGGGACCGAGUCUGCACAUACAUGGUGCCGCACAAGCCUGAAUCCGAGCCGGUCACUUUCGCAGACAUCGGCAGUGGGCUGGGUCAGCAGGUAGACGGGACGCUGCGUCCAUACGCCGUGUUCCACCAGACGGCGCUGGUGAAGAUGCCGUCCAGUCUGUCGUUUGUGGAAGCAAGUACGUUGACGUGCGCGGCGUUGACAGCCUGGAAUGCGCUGUUCGGGCUAUCGUCGCGCGCACCGAAGAAGGGGGAUGUCGUGUUGGUACAGGGGACAGGUGGGGUAUCGGUCAUUGCUCUGCAGUUCGCAUUGGCAGCAGGUGCCACCGUCAUCGCCACGACCAGCUCCGACACUAAAGCACAACGCCUCCAGGCUCUCGGCGCGCACCAUGUGCUCAACUACCGGCGUAACCCCAAGUGGGGAGAGUCUGCGCGGCAGUUGACGCCAGACGGUAAGGGUGUGCAUCUCGUGGUCGACGUGGGUGGGUUGUCGACUGCGAGACAGUCGCUGAAGGCCGUGCGGCCGGAGGGGGUGAUUGCCAUGGCAGGUUUGCUGGGAGGUGCCCCAGACUCGAAUGUCAAUACUCUGAUCGACUGUCUUGUGCACUUGUGUACGGUAAGAGGAGUUCUGCUAGGCACAAGACAGCAGUUUGAGGAGAUGAAUCGGUUCAUUGAGGAACAUCGGAUCCAGCCGGCGAUCGAUGAGAGGAUAUUUGGGUUUGAGGAGGUCGAGGAGGCUUAUCGGUAUAUGGAUGAGCAGAGGCAUUUUUCGAAGGUUUGCGUGAGGAUUAAUUGAAUGAACUAAUUGCAUAAUGUGGCGAUACGAACAUUGGAGAGAGUAAGUACAGUACAAGCUCUAGUGGUGAAAAUAAGGUGAUCCAUAGAGUAGCUUCGCGUACCUCCCCGUACCUCCUCUCUUUCUGUGAUACUUCCCCUCAUUGUAGACCGGGAAGUGACGUUGAUUUCCUCCCCCCUCUUUUGUCUGCUCUGCUGCCCUUCUCAACGAUCCCAGAACUUUCCUUCUGGUCGACAACG